GAGCAGAAGUACAAAAUCUGAUAUUCCUUCUCCACCCCACCAAACUCUCCGAUUUGUGCGGUUCCCGUUCUCUCUCUCUGCCCCCCUCGAAUCUUCAUUUCUUUCUCUGUAAAGAAACAAAGAAUUCAAUAAUGUUGGCACACAGAUAACCCUCAUUGUAUAAUAAUUGAUCUUAUACACGAGGUUAGAAAAACAGAAAAAUGGGUUCCGGUCGGCUGGAUCUCAAAUAGACAGUACAAAUAUAAACUAUUAAUAUGAUGAUGAAAUUUAUUACAAUGUGGGCUUGAAGCUGAAACCUUGUAUAACAUAUUUGAGGAAGAGGAUGUCUGUAUUGGUGGCCCGAACUGGUCGUCAACAACAGCGUUAUCAGGAUGGAUAUCGUCUUCUUGCUGGGUGCAUACCCUUUAAGUAUCGGGAUUCUGAAGAGGGCAGUGGCGUGUUGUCAGAGAAGAUCGUAGAGGUGUUAAUGAUUACCUCAAAUAGUGGACCCGGUCUUCUGUUUCCAAAGGGUGGGUGGGAGAAUGAUGAAACAGUUGAGGAGGCAGCGACACGUGAAGCUUUAGAAGAGGCUGGAGUUCGAGGAGAUCUAAUGCAUUUACUCGGGGACUACUACUUCACAAGCAAAACACUUCAAGAUGAAUCUAGCCCCGCAGGCUUAUGCAAAGCCACCAUGUAUGCGUUGUUUGUGAAGGAGGAGCUUGACUGUUGGCCAGAGCAAAAUCUUCGCCAGAGAAGUUGGCUAACAGUGUCCGAAGCUGAUGAAUGUUGUCGGCAUUCUUGGAUGAAAAAGGCCCUCAAGGAAGGUUUUUCAGGGUGGCUUGCUGAUGGUAUGAUGAGUACAAUGAAAGAUAGAAACAAUCUUCACUCUCCCACUAAUAUUGAUAAACCCUAAAGGCUGUUCUCUUCUUUCAAAACGUUUUGUAAUCUUUAUGUUCUUUACAUGUUAUCGCCCAAGUGGUGAGGCUUAGUUUAGCGAUACAACUAGUUGUAUUGCGGUAUAUAUUAGCUUACAUUUUAUGUGGAUUGUUUAUUCUGAUCUUUAUUAUCAGAAUAUAGAGGUAGGAAGGCGGAUACUUUUUAGUGA